UUAUGUAGUGCUUCAGAAAUACAUAAAGCGCGGACGAACUGAGACUCGAGAGAACCUGUCUACAAAAAACCUUUGAUUUUACACACAUUUCGUCUAUAAGUUGACCGCUACUAUGGAGCAUACGUUGCGGAUAUUUACUGUUGCUUCGUUACUGUUAUUUGUGCUGUUUUUCAGAGGAGUAAAAAGUCAAUGUGGACCUGACCAGUUCAAAUGUCAGAACGGAAAGUGUAUACCCCAAAUUUGGACAUGCGAUCAAGAAGAUGACUGUAGCGAUAAUUCCGAUGAACUCGACUGUCCGCAAAGAACAUGUAGCUCGACCGAGUUUGAAUGCAAGAGUGAGCACUGUAUCCCAGGAAGAUGGCAGUGCGAUGGUGAUUCUGACUGUGCUGAUGGUUCCGACGAAGAUGUCUCACAAUGUGCUCAAAAGACCUGCCGUGCGGAUCAGUUCAGUUGUGGUGAAGGAAGUACUUGUAUCCCAAGCAGUUGGCAGUGUGAUCUGGAUAAUGACUGCGACAAUGGCUCCGAUGAACUUAAUUGUGGUACGAUGACUUGCCAAUCCAAUGAGUUUACGUGCGACAACCAAAAGUGUAUCACCGUCCGUUGGACCUGUGAUAAUGACGACGACUGUGGUGACAACUCGGAUGAAGUUGGCUGUGCCGAGCCCUCUUGUGCCCCUAGCGAGUUCCGCUGCAACAACUCCUUCUGCAUCCCUGAGCGCUGGGUCUGCGACGGUGACAGCGACUGCUUGGAUCUUUCAGAUGAGGGUAACUCCUGCAUUGAUGACCUACCGGCAACGCCUUGCUCUAACCGGGAGUUUGCCUGCGCCAACGGCGACUGCAUUCAUGAGUCGUGGAAGUGCGACGGAGACCGUGACUGCACAGAUGGAUCUGAUGAAACUGACUGCCAUUUGGAGACAUGUGCUUCGUACCAGUUUACGUGUGAUAAUGGUCUAUGCAUCGAUGGCCUCAAGGCAUGUAACGGUUUCCGGGACUGCUCAGAUGGUUCUGACGAAAGCGGAUGUGUUGCCCCAGCAAGCCAGUGCGCUGAACACACCGAGUUUCAGUGUAACAGUGGAGAGUGUAUCUCAAUGACCCAAGUCUGUGAUCAUACCAACGACUGUGGAGGCUGGGAAGAUGAACCACUUGGGGAAAUCUGCUUCACCAACGAGUGCGAGACCAACAACGGCGGUUGCGCCCACACCUGUACCGAUCUCCCCAACGGCUUUUACUGCUCCUGCAGAGACGGCUAUGAACUGCAGGACAACAACUGUGUCGACAUCAACGAAUGCAAGACCAUACACGGUAUCUGUAGCCAACGCUGCGACAAUUUAGAGGGCAGCUUUAAGUGCACCUGCGAAGACGGGUACACCCUCGAGAGGGACCGCUUUUGCAAAGUUGACGGUCCACAUCCAGUCGUACUUUUCGCCAACCGUCAUGAUAUUCGCUGGUUAGACACCCACACUGGAGAAUACAAGUCUCUGUACAGCAAUCUACGUAGCGCAGUGUCCCUCGACUUUGAUGUGCCGACCAACACCCUACUCUGGACUGAUGUAGUUGAGGAAAAGAUUUUACGUGGACCUCUUGAUACUGAUGGCACAGGGAACCCAGUGACCCUCAUGGAUCGAGUCGAGACGGCCGACGGCAUUGCCAUGGACUGGAUCCAUCGUAAGGUGUACUGGACCGACACUGGAAACAACUCAAUCGGCGUCACAUGCUUUAAUACCGCGCAAACAAAGACUCUAUUCACUACCGAGAUUGAUGAACCAAGAGCCAUCGUUGUGGACCCAGAGACUGGCUUCAUGUUCUGGACUGAGUGGGGACAGUUGCCAAGUAUCCAGCGUGCAGGCAUGAACGGAAACUUCCGCACUGCCAUCGUUGACUCCAACCUUGCCUGGCCUAACGGCAUGACCAUCGACUACGCCGGCGAGAUGCUGUUCUGGAUCGACGCGAAACUCCACACCCUCAGCACCUGUGACUUCAACGGAGCUGGCCGCCGCACCAUCAUCAACAGCCCUUCUCUCCUACCUCACCCCUUCGCCAUCUCUGUCUUUGAGGACUCUGUCUACUGGACGGACUGGGAGAGACAAUGUAUCACCAAGGCCAACAAGUUCACUGGACUGGAACGCGAGGCCCUCCUGACAAAUCUGAACUCCCCUAUGGACAUCCAGGUCUUCCACCCACAAAAACAGCCAAAUCGCACACCCAACCGCUGCGGAAUUAACAACGGUGGCUGCUCAGACUUGUGUGUUGCUGCCCCAUUGAUAACAGAGAGCUCUGCCUCAUACACCUGCCUCUGCCCUAACGGGGUUGCCCUCCUCGAAGACAUGCGCACCUGCCAGGGGUCCUACCCAAACAACUCGCCCUCAACUGUAUCUCCAGGACAGGUAUCCCCGAAAACUCCUGCUUUGGGAGGAAACGUUCAGCCAUUAGUGCCGGUGAAGCCGGGUCCCACCAAGGCAGUAGUGGGUCCCGACCCGGGUUCGGUAGCCACUAAGAAACCGAAUGGUGUUCCUCACGUGGGUCCAACAGCGCAGCAUCCAACGAUGAUUAUCCUUCCAGUUGCCUUAGCUAUAUUCAUUACACUCUGCUUGUUGGUUCUCAUCUUGUUCUUCGUUUACAGGAAACUCUACAAGAACAACAAGCGAACAAUGCACUUCGAUAAUCCGGUUUACCGUAAGACUACAGAAAACCAAGUGUGUUUAACACAGCCGGACUACGAGCACAACCCGGGGAAAUCAUACAAACCUAUAAAAAACCCUGAUGAAGUUGCAUAACCUCCCACCCUUCCUUCCCCCUCCCUUGAAAUGUUGCAAAAGCCCGGACUCGUCAAUUCCAUGAGAAGUAAAAUCCUUCCUGAACAGGCAUGUUCCUCUUUAUGUUUUCCCGCAGUAUUUCUUUAGAAAAUAAAUGUAUUUAAAAAAAAAUAAUUUAUAAAAAAGUGGGUAAAGAUGAGAUUUCAAAAAUGUCCAAAGGAUUUUUUUAAAUGGAAGAAAAAAAAAAAAACUAGUUGAUUUUAACUUUUGCACAUUUUGUAAGAAAACCGACUGGAAAAAAAAUGUAUUGUGGUCUUAGACAUAGCAUAGAAUGUAGGGUUGUAGAACCAAAAAGGUAUCUACGGUGUUAUUAGUAAGGGAAACAUAACUGUGGUGUAUGCCUGUGUGUCGUUGACGAAAAGUGUCUGUUCUAUUACAUUGGAGGGAGUUAGUUUGUAUUUAUUACUAGAUGGAGGUUAAAAACUACGGAGGUGAAACAGAGCACAGUUGACAACAUUUUUGCAAACAGUUGAACCUCAUUAAGAUGAAAUCAGACAGAUGUGUGCAAUCGCAGAAAAUUUUCAGAAAAUCGCUUUGAUGUUGUUAGUGCAAGCAUGCAACAUACAAUUUAUGGUAGAGUCUUUUUGGAAUCGUGCCAUGCUUAAGAUAUGCACUGAACUUCUGGCAAACCUUUUGAUGUGAACUGCAUGUUGUCUGCAAAAUCAUAGACUGCUGUGUCUGAAGAGGUUUGAUAAAAUUGUGAAAAUGAUGAGAACUGUGUGAGGUGCUGUCUUUUUCAAACUUCGGCUGGAGCUCCAAUCAAAUUUGGUGCAGUGUCGUACCGCGUUUCCAACAAAAAACGAGCCAUGGCCAAUGUCUGACAAAAGCGCAUAGUAAGAUUAGAUGCUCAUUUGGGCGAGAUGCGAUGAGGUUCAUUAAUGCAUUCCUUUAUGACCGCUCGUAUCCAUGAGCCAAGAAAGUAGACCCCUUUUAAGAAAAAGAAAAAAACACUAAAUUAACCAACUCACUGCAAUACCAAUGUUUCUGCCACUGGUUUGUAUAAAACUUGGGUGGACCAGUGUGCAACAAUAAUGUAUUGUGUAUAGUUGAUUUGUAGAUAUAUAUAACUGAAAAAUACAUUAUUUCCUUAUUAUGCAACUGCAAUGCAAAAAAUGUGUUCAUUGUGUUUAGGGAAACCACAAGUUUAAGUAGCAGAAAUUAAUAGUCUUUGGGGGAUUAUAUCAGUCAAAUUAAAACCAAAAACACUUUGGUGGUGUCAGGUUUGCAGCAGAAUGUGUUUGGGGUAAGUUGCUGCAGAAUAGAGACAUGAAAUAGUUACUGAACUUUCUCAAAACACAACGUGAAAUAGUUGUGCUCCAAACACCUGCUGCAUUACUGUGACAACCACCAUGCUUGGCUUGCAACUGUUUAGUUGGCUUUAAAAGAUGGGGGGGGGGGGGGAACAUGGAAAUCUUCACAGAAAUUCAAAGCAGAUAUGCAGUGCACAUGGGUUCUUUAUAGAAGAACCUUUACAGGUUGAACUGUGGGUUGAUAAUGAGGUUCUGUGACCAGAGGGAAAACUAAGCAAAUUUGCUUAAUGCAGGACCCAAUUUCUCAGAGUUGCUUAAGCAGAAAACAUUAAUUGACAGUAUUCUGCUUAGCGUAAAAUAAGCAGGUUACCAGUUACAGAUAGUACAUGUGACAGUGUAUUUUUGGCAGGUAACCUCUUUGUCGCAGGCAAUAUUUUGCUUGGCUACCUUUUGUGCUUCAGCAGCUCUAUGAUAUGGGGCCCAGUUAGCAAGGCCACCAAUGAUGAAAUUAUAUCAGAAAACUUCAGUAAAUGAUUUAGAAGAGUCGAACACCAUCUCUUGCCAAAGUGGGAAGGUUGCUCUAAAGAGACAUAUCUAGGGGUUUUGUUUUUCUUACAGUGCACAUGGUAACAUUGAUACCUUAUCCCACCACCUGCACCCCACUGGUCAUAAGAACACUAUUACAUGGUCAAUGUUGUUGUUCCCAUACUAUGCAGAUCAUUUUUGUGUACGGGCACAUUUUUCAACCUGCCCACCAAACUUUGUAUAUUUAAAAAAAAAAAACAGCUUGAAGCAAAGUGUGUUUGUGAAAGCUUGUGAAUCGUGUACAUGUACUACCAACUUGGGACAGGCCAAGUACUACCUGUAUUUGGGUAACAACAAAAACUUAUUUAUUAAUUAACAUGUUGCAAAUAUUAAUAGUAAAUAUAUAUAUAUAAAAUAGCCAGAUAAAGUCAAACAGUGUCGUCAUAUGGAGCAUGCAAACUCAUUCUCAACGUCAUGGAUUGAUUUCCACGGAAAAACUGGAAAUUCAUCCAAGGCUACUUGAAGUCAAGUCGGCCCCCUAAAAAAAGACCCAAUAAAUUCUGUAAAUAGCUUCUUCUUUUUUUGAUGUACUCAUUAGCAAUUGUUCCUUUUUUUGUAAAUAUAUAUAUAUAUAAAAAGAGAUAUAAUUUUCUAUAAACCGACAUAUAGUUAUUACAUUGGCCGUCACUCAGGGAGAAGUAUUCCCUAGGACGAGUUGUCAAUACCGUAUUUAUUUUACUUAAACUAAAGUUUUCUUCGUUCGGACUUAUUUUCCUACCCCCUCUCUCGCUUGGUCGUUGUAUGUAGGAUAUGAGUUUGCAUGUUCUUAAGAUGGACUUGCUCCCCGAGAGUUUUGCAAUAUAUUGAGCAUUUCCCACUCAUAUGAUGACACUUUCGAAUGAAAAUAAAAUGUACAUACUGUAUGAUAUACUUAAACAUUUAAAUAUAUAUUUAAAGAAAACGAAACUAAAAGUCAUUGAUUUAUACCAUAACAUUCAUUGGUGGCACCCAAAAAAAAUUAAAAACAACAAAAACUGAAUGAAUAAAUAAUAUUAGAUGUUAGUCGAUCGUUAAUUAAUAGUUGUAUAGUUUAAUUGAGAACUUGUAAAUAUUGCUUUGAGAUUAAUUACACAAGUGUUAUCAAUAAUUACAAUGGUUAAUUAUCUAACUGGAAAAUUCAAAGCAACCGUAGGAGAUUUCCUGUUCGCUUGCAAAACGCCAAAAAGUUCCUGAAACUGUGGAAAGUUGAUUCAUUUGAACUAUUUCUCAAAAGCGGUAAUUUCUAUCCAAUUUAAAGAUUUUAAAGCCAUUGUAAUUUGGAAUCACUUGUAAAGUAUGCUCACCCCCAAAAGUCGGUCAAUGUAGCAUGUGGGUUUGGCAGCCUAUUGACCAAUAUUUGGGUGUGAACAUUUAUAACUUUUUGUAAGCUUUUUCCCGAUAUUAUGUUAAAAGUCCUUACAUACUGUAUAAGGACAUUUGACAUUGUGCGAAAAGGUAAUUUUUACAUUUGUCCUGCCUACUACUGUCUCAAAGGAAGACGAUUAUAAACUCAAAAGCAGCUCAAUUGUCAAGUUAAUUUUUCAUUUAAGCAGCGGUCCAGCAUUUUUCUUUUCAAUUUGUUCAAGUUUUAGUUAUUAAUGUUGGCGCCGAGUGUAAGAGGAAAACUCAAUUUUUUUUUUCAUUUUCAGUUAGAACUUUUAUUUUGUAUCAAAAUAGAAAUGAGAAAGGACCGUUUUAAUCAAUUAUAAUUUGGUAAUUUGUUUCCCUGUUUAAUUAAGUUCAAACAGCAAGAGGAAGACUAAAUUAGUCACAGAAGCUUGUUUAACAGUAAAUAAAACAAGCCUUACAUUGUUUGUAGAUAAUCAACAGUUUCUUAAUUAAUUUUCUUUUGUUUAUUAGUGUACGGAAGAGCAGAGACUUUGUAUGGAGUGUGUGUGUUGUUUUCCUUGCGUUUCAAUGUUGAUUUAUUUUACUGAAGUUGAACGUUUUUCUUUAAUCCUUUGCAACAAAAUAGUUUUUUUUUUCAACAUAAGUGUUUUUCUGUUGGUGAAAUUGUAUAUUAACAACACAGUUUGCACCAACCAUCUUUGUGGCCAUCUUUGAUUGUCCAAUAUGCAACAGGAACCAAUUUCUUUGAAACAGACUGGUGCUUUUAAAAGAAAAUGUUAUAUGGUGUUUUGUGCAGCAUGUGGACCACACAUAUCUCUCAAUCAACGGUCCUAUUUUUAAACGGUAAACAUUUUCAGAGGAUAGCUCGAAACAUAAAAAUCCAAAUUUGGAAUCUUCGCACUCCUCGCUAAAUAAAGUCUGUUUGAUGUAGAAGUUGUUGAAUAUGUACAUAUCGUAUUUGGAGACUGUUAACUUUUGAUACGUAUGUGCUUUUGGCUGUAAAAGUUUUGGCAACUUUGUGUGGGGAAAAUGAUGCAAUGUGGUUUAUAUCUGUGAGUUGAAAGCGUGGUUUAUUUAUGUGCACAAAUGACUUGUAAGAUUUUAAUAAUGUGGUAAAGUGAACACGUAUGUAUGUAUGUUGUUGAAUGUGUUUUAUACCAGUGGUAACAUUUACAGUCAAGCAAAAGUCAUAAUUCGAGAUGCAACAAAUUUAAAAGGGAACAUUUCGUACUUUAGUUGUGUGAAUAUUCAAAAGUAAUAAGUUACUUGUAAGUGACGCUUUAUGGAUGUGUACAUGUACAUGCAUUUUGACAAAUUACUUGGCAAAGUUUUUUCCGUCUAUUCUCUGCUGUUUUUAAAACGUGCACGUACUAAAUAAAAAUAUGCAAAACAAAAAUGCCUGCUUUCAUGUGUAAAAAAGAAAGCCAAGUGGCUUAAGGGUAUUUGUCCCCUAAACGAUACAAAUGUGGUGACGGAAGUUUACAAUCUUCUACACAAUUCACUGUUGGGGGAUAAAAUCCCCUCCCAAUCGGCAUGAUGUUUAGUACCCAGACAGCACUCAAUGUUAGUGUAAUGUAGUGGCAAGGAUUAGUCAGUGCCCCUGAGGGGAAUUCUGAAUAUAGCGCGUAGUUGCUGUCAAUGCACUUGAAAUGAAAUUUCAGGUGCAUUUCUAAAGCUAAGCAUGUCUCACUUGUUAAAACUAAUUAGUAAUUUUACAAAAUCUUUGGGAAUUGAGUUGUUACAUUGAAUGGUGUUUUCACUUUGAUGCAUUAUUUAUUUUAAAACCAAAUCGCAGCUACUGAUAUGUUGCAUACGCAGAACACAACAUGCGUAUCUAUCAUUUCCACCAUUUUGGUAGUCAAUUACUCUGUGUACAGUUUUCGAGUCGCAAUAUGGCGGAUAGGAUGGGCACGUGUAAGUGCGCUACAUGUUGUACAAUGUGUCAAUAUGCCAUUUUUAACCUAAGGAUUGGGGCACAGCUUAGGCUCCGCUUAGGCAACAUAAAAUGGCGAUAUUACAACACUCUACAAUGCCAGGGCCAAAUUCCAUAGAGCUGCUAUAAGCACAUAAAGUAGCUAAGCACAACAAACUUAUGCUUAGCAGAAUACAGUUACCAGCCAAACUACCAUGUCACAUGUACAAUUUGUGAUCGUAAUGUCGUGCUCAUUUCUUCUAAGCAAAACAUUGUUAAGCAGUAUUUAUUGCUUUUAAAAGCAGCUCUAUGAAAUUUGCCCACCAGAUCACCCCCAAAAAACAUGGAUUUUCUGUCAAGCCAACCUAAGACAUGUGUUGGAGAGUUUUGACCACAGUUGUAUUAUUCAAUCCAGACUUGCAUGCUGUUUUACAUCGAAGAUCGAUGGUUUUAAAUUUAAGCUUGGAUCAACCUUUCCUACACUUCUGAGAUUUUGCACAAUCUCGCUAUACAAAUUAACUAGACAUGCCUGCAAUUUAAUAAUGUAAAAAGAGUAAAGCUGGGUGUAUGUACAGUGUAGAUUGCUUUUAUGUGUUUAUUUGGUUGUAAAAAGCCAACUUCCAUCCAUGUUAUAAAUAAAUUUACUGAAAAAGAA